CCUCAAUGCCCUUCAGCACACUAUUCCAUUGAGGCCCAGAGCCGAUCAGAACCUUCUGACCGUAUUCUGCCGCCCGAAAUAUCAUCAACGCUGACCGUCUUGAGGCAAAAUGGCAUCGACGAUCGAGCCGCGGGUGCUGGAGAACGGCCUCAAGGGUGCGGGCAAGGAGAUCGGGAGGCACGGGCGGACCGCCCACAACAUGUCCUCCUCCUCCCUCAGGAAGAAGUCUGAGCUCCGGCUCGUCUCCAAGGUUCCCUGCCGCCUCCUCCGCCUGUUCCUCGCAAACCUCCAGGAGGUCAUCCUUGGGACGAAGCUGGCGGUAUUAUUCCCCGCCGUCCCCCUUGCGAUCGUCGCCGAGUGCUAUGGGUUUGGAAGACCAUGGGUGUUUGCUCUUAGCCUGCUCGGGUUGACCCCACUUGCAGAACGUGUCAGCUUCCUAACAGAGCAAAUAGCCUACUACACUGGCCCUACAGUGGGAGGACUUCUGAAUGCAACAUGCGGAAAUGCCACGGAGUUGAUAAUAGCGAUAUUUGCUCUGAGCCAGAGGAAGAUCGAAGUGGUGAAGUAUUCCCUUCUGGGCUCCAUACUCUCGAACCUCCUUCUCGUCCUUGGCACGUCCCUCCUGUGUGGUGGCCUUGCCAACCUCCGAAAUGAGCAAAAAUAUGAUAGGAAGCAAGCGGAUGUGAACUCUCUCAUGCUGCUGCUGGGCCUGCUAUGCCACAUGCUGCCAUUGCUGUUCCGGUAUGCGGGGCCAUCUGUGGCUGUAACAGCAGACCCCACGCUCCAGCUCUCCCGGGCGAGCAGCAUUGUCAUGCUAGUUGCAUACGCAGUCUACAUCUUCUUCCAGCUUGUCACGCACAGGCAAAUGUUCGAGGCUCAGGAGGAUUCAGAAGAUGAUGAAUCGGGCUCAGAAGAAGCAGCUGUUAUUGGGUUUUGGAGCGGAUUUACCUGGCUCGUCGGAAUGACUCUCAUCAUAGCAUUGCUAUCCGAGUAUGUUGUGGACACAAUUGAGGCUGCAUCGGAUUCGUGGGGAUUGUCAGUGAGCUUCCUCAGCAUAAUCUUGCUGCCGAUUGUUGGGAAUGCAGCUGAGCAUGCCGGAGCUAUCAUAUUUGCCUUUAAGAACAAGCUAGACAUCUCUUUAGGCGUUGCUUUGGGCUCUGCAACUCAGAUCAGCAUGUUCGCUGUCCCGUUGUGUAUAGUUGUUGCAUGGAUAAUGGGUAUCAAGAUGGACCUCAACUUUAACCUCCUGGAGACUGGUUCUCUCGCUCUCACGAUCAUCGUUACAGCCUUUACUUUGCAGGAUGGAACGUCUCACUACAUGAAAGGACUCGUUCUUCUGUUGUGCUACUUUGUCAUCAGUGCCUGCUUCUUUGUGCUGAAGACACCAUUGAAGCAAGCAAACCCAAGUGGCAUGAGCCUCCAAUUACCUACUGAUGGAUCUGCAGUCUUCAGAGCUUAAUUUAGCAGAUUUUGGGCUCGUUUUGAAGGAUGAAAGCAAGAUCGAUCAGUCGAGAUCGGUUGGUGAACGGAUUGCGAGGAUGCAGAUUUGUUAUUCUUUCAUUUGCGGAAGUUGCAAUGUUGGGGCUGCAGCCAUCGAAAGGGCAAAAAGAAGGGGGGAGCCAUCAAUUUUUGCUACAAUAUAUAUAUAUAUAUAUAUAUUAUAUAGACAAAAUAAUAAUUUAUGAUUUUCCCUAGCUAAGCAAUUUGCUAUAUAUAAGUUUGUGGUGUGUCUUGGUGAUGGAGAAGACACUUCUCUACAGAACAAAUUGUUGUUAUUAAUUCAUGAAGUCUGUGUACAUCCGAUCAUUUCAAUAAUGAUUUCAGAUCUUUUUUUGUAAUUUUUCUCUAUAAUAUGUCCUUUGCAUCA